ACAUGUCAUUCACAAGCACUUUACCACCACUGGAACCUCUGCUCAGGCAAAGUGCACAGGGAGCACAGGCCAUAUUUGCAUCUUGUCCAGAUGACAGUCUCAAGGAUGAGGAACAGAGUGCACGCUUGCGGUUAUCUGUAAAGAUAAACGACGAGUACAAGCAUUACAAGGACCUUCCGCCAGCGCUGCUAGCUCAACAAGGCCCCGUGGGCCCAGCAAGACCAAACCCUCACCAAAAAGCCAUCACAGCAGGUCCAGCAUCGAGCGAAACUUCCAUGAUGAUUGCCGCUAUCGACAACACACCAAAAGCACAACCAUCCACUUUCGUAACGGCCAGCAAACUAUCAGAAGCCCUCACAUUGCACAAGACGACGCGAACUGUAAAACCACAGUUCCACCCACAAUGGAAGUUGAUGCGCGUCAUAUCAGGGCAUUUGGGCUGGGUACGUAGUGUCGCUGUCGAACCAGGGAACAAGUGGUUCGCGUCUGGUGCUGGAGACCGUGUCAUCAAAAUAUGGGAUUUGGCGUCUGGAGAACUCAAACUGUCGUUGACGGGUCAUAUCUCUACGGUCCGUGGGCUCGCCGUUUCCCCACGUCAUCCGUACUUGUUCUCGUGUGGUGAGGACAAGAUGGUCAAAUGCUGGGACCUCGAAGUCAACAAAGUCAUCCGACACUAUCAUGGACAUCUCUCCGGGGUGUACUCUCUCAGCCUGCAUCCAACUUUGGACGUCCUCGUCACAGCAGGAAGAGAUGCUUCAGCGCGCGUGUGGGAUAUGCGUACAAAAGCCCAGAUACAUGUAUUAACCGGUCACACCGCUACUGUCGCCGACGUCAAGUGUCAAGAAUCUGAUCCACAGGUCAUCACAGGCAGUAUGGAUACGACCAUUAGAUUGUGGGAUCUAGCUGCCGGGAAAACAAUGGUUACGCUGACUCAUCACAAAAAGUCGGUCAGAGCACUCGCCAUUCAUCCAACAGAAUACUCGUUCGCAUCUGGUUCUGCCGGAGGCAAUAACAUCAAGAAAUGGAAAUGUCCCGAGGGGGCUUUUGUUUCCAACUUCUCCGGUCAUAACGCGAUCAUUAACAGCCUCUCCGUAAAUUCGGAUGGUGUACUCUUCUCAGGAGGGGAUAACGGCACCAUCACAUUCUGGGACUAUGGUACUGGGACCGCAUUUCAAAAUUUGGACGACGUGCCGCAGCCCGGUUCCCUUGAGGCUGAGGCUGGCGUGUUUUGUUCGACGUUUGACAUUACUGGGACGCGGCUUAUCACAGGUGGUGCGGACAAAACCAUCAAGAUAUAUGCAGAGCAGUCGCAGUGAUCACUACGCUCGCAUGUCUUGUUCACUUCUCUCGUUUCUAUGUGUAUCAUUAUUGCAACUGACUUUGCAGAAUAUAUACUACCCACACCCAAAUCAGACAGUAGUGGUACAGAAAAAGUACAUGCAU